AAACCUGAUUCCAUUUGUCUGUUUCACUUUCGUGACAUCCUUUCUCGUCAUCCUGGAAUUUCCACUUGGGAUUCUGCCAGCUACCUCCAGAACUCCCUAAUAAAAAGGGGCUGAAUCCAGCUGCUGCAGUCUGAGCCUCAUCUGCCAGAGCUUCUGGUCCUGCUCUGAGUGCCCUCACCUAAGGGAAGAUGAAGGUCGCUGCAGCUGUUUUUGCUCUUCUCCUCAUUGCAGCUUCUUGCUCCCAGACUUUCUCUGGUCCAGUUGGAUCCGAUGUCCCAAUCUGCUGCUUUUCCUACACAGCACACAAGCUCCCACAUAGGCGCAUCCUGCGGUAUUACAGCACCAGCACCAGCUGCAUGCUGCCAGCCAUCGUGUUCAUCACAAAGAAAGGCCACCAGGUCUGUGCCAAUCCCAGUCAUACCUGGGUUCAAGCUUACCUGAAAAACUUGAACUGAGCAAAGCAAGAUGGCAAGCAUAGCUGCUGUCAUGCAGGAGCUUCAUUUUCCUGAGCUCCUGUGAUGGAGCAGGACACUGGGGCAACAGAAGCUGCUGAGCCCAUGUCACCUGCAGGCUACUACAGGGAACCACUGGAAGGGCACCACAAGACACCUUGUGUUGGGGUGCUGCUGCUUGCCCUU